AUGUCCCGGAAGGGGCCGCGCGCGGAGGUGUGUGCGGACUGCAGCGCCCCCGACCCUGGCUGGGCCUCCAUCAGCAGGGGGGUGCUGGUGUGUGACGAGUGCUGCAGCGUGCACCGGAGCCUGGGACGCCACAUUUCCAUCGUCAAGCACCUUCGCCACAGCGCCUGGCCCCCCACGCUGCUGCAGAUGGUGCACACGCUCGCCAGCAACGGGGCCAACUCCAUCUGGGAGCACUCCCUGCUGGACCCCGCACAGGUGCAGAGCGGCCGACGCAAAGCCAACCCCCAGGACAAAGUCCACCCCAUCAAGUCCGAGUUCAUCAGGGCCAAGUACCAGAUGCUGGCAUUUGUGCACAAGCUUCCCUGCCGGGAUGACGACGGGGUCACCGCCAAAGACCUCAGCAAGCAACUGCAUUCAAGCGUGCGGACAGGCAACUUGGAGACGUGUCUGCGCCUGCUGUCCCUGGGUGCCCAGGCCAACUUCUUCCACCCGGAGAAGGGCACCACGCCUCUGCACGUGGCUGCCAAAGCCGGGCAGACGCUGCAGGCCGAGCUUCUUGUCGUGUACGGAGCUGAUCCCGGCUCUCCCGACGUUAAUGGCCGAACACCCAUUGACUAUGCCAGGCAGGCGGGGCACCAUGAGCUGGCAGAGAGGCUAGUCGAGUGCCAAUAUGAGCUCACUGACCGGUUGGCCUUCUACCUCUGCGGACGAAAGCCUGAUCACAAGAAUGGGCAUUAUAUCAUCCCACAGAUGGCCGACAGCCUGGACCUGUCUGAGUUGGCCAAAGCUGCCAAGAAGAAGCUGCAGGCGCUCAGCAACCGGCUUUUUGAGGAACUCGCCAUGGACGUGUACGAUGAGGUGGAUCGAAGAGAAAAUGACGCUGUGUGGCUGGCUACCCAAAACCACAGCACCCUGGUGACAGAGCGCAGCGCCGUGCCCUUCCUGCCCGUGAACCCCGAGUACUCAGCCACCCGGAACCAGGGGCGGCAGAAGCUGGCCCGCUUUAAUGCCCGGGAGUUUGCCACCUUGAUCAUCGACAUCCUCAGCGAGGCCAAGCGGAGACAGCAGGGCAAGAGCCUGAGCAGCCCCACAGACAACCUCGAGCUGUCCGUGCGGAGCCAGAGCGACCUCGACGACCAGCACGACUACGACAGCGUGGCCUCGGACGAGGACACCGACCAGGAGCCUCUGCGCAGCGCCGGCGCCACGCGCAACAACCGGGCUCGGAGCAUGGACUCCUCAGACCUGUCUGACGGGGCGGUGACGCUGCAGGAGUACCUGGAGCUCAAGAAGGCCCUGGCCACCUCCGAGGCGAAGGUGCAGCAGCUCAUGAAGGUCAACAGCAGCCUGAGCGACGAGCUCCGGAGGCUGCAGAGGGAGAUCCACAAGCUGCAGGCGGAGAACCUGCAGAUCCGGCAGCCGCCGGGGCCGGGGCCCACGCCGCCCCUCCCCAGCGAGCGGGCGGAGCACUCGUCCGUGGGGCCUGGCGGGAGCGCCCACCGCAGGGACCGCCAGGCCUUCUCCAUGUAUGAGCCGGGCUCGGCCCUGAAGCCCUUCGGGGGCCCGCCCGGGGACGAGCUGGCCACCCGGCUGCAGCCUUUCCACAGCACGGAGCUGGAGGAUGACGCCAUCUACUCGGUGCACGUCCCGGCCAGCCUCUACCGGAUCCGGAAGGGGGUUUCAGCCUCAGCUGUGCCCUUCACUCCCCCCUCCCCACUGCUGUCCUGCUCCCAGGAAGGAAGCCGCCACGCGAGCAAACUCUCGCGCCACGGCAGCGGCGCCGACAGCGACUAUGAGAACACGCAGAGUGGGGACGCCCUGCUCGGGCUGGAGGGGAAGCGGUUUCUGGAGCUGGGCAAGGAGGACGACUUCCACCCCGAGCUGGAGAGCCUGGACGGAGACCUGGACCCCGGGCUGCCCAGCACGGAGGACGUCAUCCUGAAGACGGAGCAGGUCACCAAGAACAUCCAGGAGUUGUUGCGGGCUGCCCAGGAAUUCAAGCACGACAGCUUUGUGCCCUGUUCAGAGAAGAUCCAUUUGGCUGUGACUGAGAUGGCCUCUCUCUUCCCAAAGAGACCCGCCCUGGAGCCCGUGCGCAGCUCGCUGCGGCUGCUCAACGCCAGCGCCUACCGGCUGCAGAGCGAGUGCCGGAAGACGGUGCCCCCGGAGCCGGGCGCCCCGGUGGACUUCCAGCUGCUCACUCAGCAGGUGAUCCAGUGCGCCUACGACAUCGCCAAGGCCGCCAAGCAGCUGGUCACCAUCACCACCCGGGAGAAGAAGCAGUGA